UAUCAGCUUUUCCCCUCCUUGGUCCAGCUCUGGGUUGAAUUUCACGGGAGGGUUCAAAAAGCCGAUCUGCAGCCUUCACCUUGAUGGAGCCCCUAAUUUAUACUCUCAAAACAUCACUCUAUUUCCUCUCCCCAUUUCCUGGCGAGCAAUAUUGGGGUUUUAAGUCAUUCAUUAAAACCAAAUGUCACUUGGGUUUCCCGUCAACUUUGGUUUCCUGUUCACUUGACCCCCCUCCUCUCCUCACACCCCAUCAAAUCUUUUGUGCUUAGACUCUGCAUUUUUUUUUCGUUGCUUGCUUCUUGUAAAUUUAAAUGUGGCUAAGGAGGAAAGCUUCGCAUAUAAUGGGAGCAGAAAAGGUGCUGCGUGAGGUUACUUCUGCAUUCGCACAGUUACUUUUUAUUUUUAGAUGAAUGUCCUAUUGUUAGGGGGGAAAAAAGUGUUUCUGUUUUUAAACCUCUGUAUUAAACCUGCACUUAGGAUCCCCAGUACUGUGUAUAAUGCAGUAGCAUUGCUUUUAAUGAGCCUGCACAAAUACACUGUCUACUACUUUGGCAUUCUGAUGCUAUCCUGGAAAUACACAUUAUAUAUAUAUGUAUAUAUUUGUCACUUAAUGCAUGUCUGCUGAAGUCAAUAUGCAGCUGGGUGGGAGCGGGGUUUGUGCCACAGAAUCUGGUAUUUUGAUAUUGGUGGGUGCUGCUAAAGUGGACAAGCAGGUCAUGAAUAUUAGUGUUUCUGGCUUUUUGAUCCUAUUUUGUUUCCUAGAAAUGGACACUGGCUCUGUGAACUGGGUGUACUGUGCUAAAUGAGAGUUAUCAUCCCAGCUCUGAUAAAAUUACCAUUUCAGAACUGGAGAUAAUUCCUCUGACGUCCCUCUUGUUUUCCCUUUUCCUCCCUUUCAUGUUCUCUUUCUAAAUAUAUUAGUGCACACACCCUUGCUUCCUUGUGAUAAAGAUUUCACUGGUGAAUUUGAGAAUCUGUUACUCAAGAAAGAGAAAGUGAAGAUGAAUUUGGCUAUUUUGAAUCCUGAUGGUUUUCUCUGAAAUCUCCCGUGUUAUUUGGGAAUAGCAAGUUCUUCCCAGCCUUCCUGCAGCACAUUGCUUUGGACAAAUCACUUGUUCCUUUACCGCAGUGAACCUCUUUCAAGUCAAACUUGCGAACCUUCGUGAAGGGACUUACUGCAAAAAAAUAAAAGCUGGAAAAAUGCAAAUUAUCUUUUGUUACUGUAUAUUUAGUUAGUUUUUUUUUAAUAAAAAUUGAAGAGCAAAAGAGGGGAAUAUUUGGUGUACGUAUGUAUGAGUAAGAGUAAAGGGCAUGAAACAUUACUAAUCAAAGUGUUUGAGGAGAAGACAAUGUGGGAGUUUGUGUUCUGAUUUGUUUUUCUUUGGUUGUUGAUGUUGCCUCUUCCAGAGGGGCCGGGGAAGGCUGCUCCCGGUGAAUCACUGCAGGCACACUCGGUUGUCUGAAUCACAGCGUGUCACGUCUUUGGUGACCCAUUUUCUUCCCCUGCUCUAAUGCGGCCGUGCGGUUUCCCUUGACCGCCAGCAGAAGUUUGAGAGCAGAGAAGAGUGAGCAGCAGGCGAUGGCUUGGACAAAACCCAGUAGUUUUAAACUCAAUCUGUUUCUACUGGUAGUUUCCCACCUUUCUUUGCUUUCUCCCUGGGAGAUUUUUUUUGCUUAUUUUGAAUUAACUUGAAUCUGUUGAUAAGGUUGAUAAGGCUUUACUGCCAGGGGAGGUUUGUAUCAGAUAUUAGGAACAAUUUCUUCCCAGAAAAGGUUGUUGGUGGAGUUACCAUCCCUGGAGGGGUUGAACAGAUGUGGAGAUGAGGUUCUCAGGGACAUGGGGUAGUGCCAGGGCUGGGUGAAUGGUUGGACUCCAUGAUCUUGAAGGUGUUUUCCAACCAAAAUGAGUCUAUGAUUCUAAGACCUGGCCAGCUGCUUGAGUUUCAUGAGGGCGUCCAAACUGAUGUGCUAAGAGCAAUGGGUAUGAUGCUGUCAGGACACGGUGCCCUGGAGCAGGUCCAUGGCCCCAAGCUGGCUCCAUCUCUGGGACCAAAGCCUGGGACUAAACCCGCUUCCUUUGCUAGAGGGUGCAGCCCCAAUAACUCCUCUGCAAACGGGGUCCCCUGCAGCAAAAGGGUCACUCUCAGCCUCAGCUGUAGGUAUUUUUGUGGGAUGCAAAGCCAAGGGACUUUGUGGCACACGGGAAUCUCCUCUGCAGCGGCACAAUGCCAGGAACCUUCCUUCCAUCCUACCCAAGGGCUGAGCACUCAUUUCCAAACUUCUCUUAUUUUAAGCCAUCUGCAGGUCUCCAUGAAGUCAUUUCGCUUCGACACCCAGAGCAGUUCUGAGACUUGUGCAAUUCCCUCCUCCCUGUUUUGGAACCUGGCUUGUUUUUGGUUUGGGUUUAUUUUUUUGAUACAAGCGUAAGCCAGAUGUGUCCAUUCCACAAAGGAAACUCUGGCCUGCGCACAGAUGAGAUGCUGCUCUGUUUACCUGUAUUUCCUUUGCCGUGUCAGAGAUCUUGACGGUGCAGUUUCGUUCUGACUCACUCCUGCUUACUGCUGUGGAAAGGCAUUGACUCUGCAGUAUUACGAAGUAGUCACAUGAAUGAAUAAAACACCUUUUCCUAAAGAGUGUCCGGGGGAUGUGGGUGUAUUUCUAAACCUUUAGGAAACAGCUUUCAUGUUUGCCAAGAAGAUCGUUUCAGGAAGGAAAGUGUGUUACUCAAAAGCCAUUCGUGCACUUUUACCCCACCUCCCACAAACUUCUGAGAGCUGUGUGUUCACAAGAAAUACUCGACAAGACAGCAGGAUUGCACUUCUGCUGUAAAACAGAGGCAUUGGGGCCAUGGCUUCUCCCUUACAGCGUGGCAUGUGGAAAGAUUUGUCCUGGACAUGAUCCUGGGCAAACUGCACUGGCAGGGCUGGGGUUCGGUGAUCUCCAGAGGUCCCGUCCCCUGGAGCAGGUUGGCAUCUCAUACUUCUUAUCAAAAGAGAUGCCUACAUGUGUAGCUUUUCUUCUGUGGGCAAGGUUUUUUUGCCUUCUUGACCUCUUGCAUUGCUUUCAGACACAGGAACAUUGUGUGUUUUAUGCACUCUCUAUUCUAGAUAUAGCUUUGGAGGAUCCCCUACAUUUCCAGGCUAUCAUAAUGGUGUGAUUCUUUCUUUCCUUUUCAAAAAUUCCCCGUUUCUCAUUCCUUCAGGCUCGGGAGAUCUGUUGUCAGUGACGCUCUGGGGGAAGCAGGGACUUGGUGGCCUUUUAUUCACCUUGGGUGAAGGGCAGUUUUGAAGUAACGUCAUUUGGUCUCUCAGCUGCCCCAUUGCUGAUGACUAACAGUUCCUGAUGGGUGAAGCAUCAACUGGACCGCAUUUUUUUGCCCUUUUUUUAGCUGGCAAGGCGUGACGUCGGAUUUUUUACUUCUGGAAACCUCCUUUCUAGCGCCCUUGUCACAAUUUGCAGUGUGACUCAUAACGGCCUCAACAGGUAAAUCCCAACUUACUCUGGAAAUUUAACCCAUGUCAUUGUUUGUCUCGUAACAUCUAAGUGUCCAGAAACAGAUUACUAAUCAUGAACAGAGGACAUUGUUAUGACCUCUAAUGUGACUUAUACUAUGACAAAGAGAGAGCCUUACAUAAGAAUUUCUUAGCAGGUCCAAAAAUUCCAUUUAACUUAAAUCAGGCUGGAAUCUUGACCUAAAAGCAACAAGUAAUAGAGACUUCCAUCUGUAGAUUCAGUGUUUUGGUGGUUAACUUAACUGAGAAAUACUUGCACUUUUUAAAUUGCAUACAUAAAACUCCCGAUAUUUGGAAGUCUCAUGCAUCCUGUAAGGCAGGUGGAGAAUAACAUCCCUAUUUAAUAUCUUGCCCUGGGAUUUCGGGCUGCUUUCUGCCAACCUAGAAGAGCGAGCUGGGCUUUUUUUUGCCUAGGUUGCAUGUGCUUUGCCAUUUUCAGGCGCUCUUGUCACUGCGUCUUCUGACAAACCCAUCAAUGCAACGUCAGGCCAGGAGGGGUUAUUACCUUUCUUCUCUUUUGUUUCCUCCUGCAAUAAGUUGUUGGCAGGGAUUUUCCAAUGUCCUUAUAGAAACUGAUGAGAUUUGGGCGCUGGCAUUUCAGAGAGUGGGGAGCGGGUGCUCUGAGCAAGGAUAAACGAGGUUUUCUCUGGUAAGUUAAGAAGGUAAAAGUAUGCAAAACUUCCCUAAUAUGUGGUCCAUUUUGACUUACCCAAAUAUCUCCUGCACUGAGUUUUGGUUUUGUUUUUUGAGCAUCCUACAGAGGCAAUUUUGAGCAACUCCUAUCUCGAACAGGUCAUUUCACAAUUGCUGUUUUGAUGAGUUUCUUUUCUUCUAGUUUUGGUAUUACUGGGCUGUGUGCAUCUUCUGCAGAAUGUUGUCUUUGUCAUGAUUUAGCAUCAACGCUGUGACCCAUAAUACAAAUACAAACUAUUUAUAGUUGUGAACGGUCAUAAGACAGAAACUAGUGAUCACGGUUUGAGAAAUCAGAUAAUGCAAACCAGCUGCUCGGAAGCGUAACGUGACCGGCGGGGUGAAUUACGGAGGCAACUUCACUCACUUUCCACAGCAACAUCAACCCCCUUGGCCUGAAGCCCAAACAUCAGCCUGGGUCACUCACGCAGUGGAGUUUUGGGGAUGAUUUUUUGGCUUUUUAUGCUUUUUUGAAUUUUUUCACGGUGCCAAGCAGCUCAUGAUGUGGGUUGAGAAAUCCUGGGCUUUCUUAUCUUUCCACCCUAAGACACGCAGAUAAACACGUGCUACGGCCACUGAUGCCACACGUGAUGGGUCAUUCCCGGUGUUGUGAGGGAUGCUGCAGCAUCCCCGGUGCUGCCAGGGGGGGUUCCCACAUGCCCACACCACAGCUUUCUGCCCCAAAAUCAUCAAUGCGAUAAUGCCACGGCCUCUGGGACACCCUUGGGAACCACUCUGUGCAGGAUAAAGCCAACACUCGAGCCAGUGAUACUCAACCAGAAAGAAAAUAGCGAUAGUCACACAAGGCUGUAUUCAAAUCUGAGAUUUCGGAGCCCGCUCUGAGAAGCUGCGGCGAAGAGAACAAGUUUCAUGAUGCAGAUUCCCAGAAUAAUCAGUUCAAAAGCUGCCGCUGAUACUGUUGCUCUAUGAGAGAAAAAUGCAAUCAAAUAAGGUUCCUAGAAGGUGUUUGGUUUGGUUGGUUAGUUUGUUUUUUUCAUUGAAUUAGUUGAUUUUAAGUUGAGGAAUUUUUAAUUAACAGCCCUAGCACAGGGUGAGCGUCUGUCUGUGCCACAAGGGGGGAGAGGAAAAAGAAGCUUUGACCUCACCUGUGUAAGCAGAGAUUGUUUUAAUGAAAACAUGAUCCAUCAGAGAUGCUUUCCAGUGGUUUCAGAGGGUCUUAAGUAUUUCUUUAUAACUUUCGACCUUUGUGUGUUCAGAUGUCCCUUCUGCUGUUGAUGUUCAUUUGCCUUUUUUUUGGUCGGUUGGUUUGUUGGUUGGUUGGUUUUGUUAGUUUGUUUGUCGGCUUGUUUUUCUCCCACAGAAAAAGAGGUUGCUGGUGAUAUGACCUGGUUGUUUCUCCUGCGAGGUAGCUUAAUUACAUAGGACCUGGGAUCUCUGGUCCACUUCUGCUCGGCACAGGUAGUGUCACACUCUUUAGGCAAUUUUCCCCUGGAUUUCUCUUUUUGUGGAAGCCCAAGGAAGGUUUAUUUCAGUAAUGAGAUCGAGCACUUGUGUCUAUUUUUGGUUAUUGCUUUCCAUGUAGCUUUUGAGGGCUGUAACUGGGAAGUGGAAGAUCAGUCCGAAUGGUGGAAACCCCCUCUCACUGAAAAUGGUGUUUAAAAGAAAAAAGAAGAAGAAGAAAGAUCUGAAGCGAACUUCCUCUGCUAACUGUCUCCUGCCUGUUGGGAAAGGAGACAUUGGCAGUUUAUUGCCCAUUCGGCAGAAAGGGUUGGCAGCCUGUUUGCUGACAAUAUCAAGACAAAUAUAAGAACCUCAAUCCUUGCAAUGCCCUGAUUUAUAUUUAUGGCUAAAAGGGGUUUUUGCUGGUUGCUCCCAUGGUGGGAGGGGUGUACUUCUGCCAGGCCAGCCUGGAUUAUUGGAAUUAUGCAAACAAGCGGUGGGAAAAAAUGACUAAAAUAGCACAAAAGUGUUGUUUUUUUUUAAUUAAACAUGAAGAUUUUUUUGACAAAUAUUUGGAUCUGAUAUGUUUUAAAAUCUUCAUAGUGGAACAACAGCACAAGGAGACUUGCCAGUGUGGGAUUUGGUGCCAUCUCUGCCCGGGGCUGGGGCUGGAGCGGGCAGAGCUCUGGGUCCUGCAUCCCCCAGCAUCGCCAAAACCACCUGCAGCCCCUCAUGGUUGUGAAAUUGAGACUGAGUCCCAAGUUAACACGUGCUCAAAGCAACAUGAACCCAGUCAAACCCAAAACUUGUCUUUAAGAGCUGGGCUUCGUACAGAAUCCACAGAUAAUUUACUGAACCGUAAGUUUCGGUUUUGGUGAAAGCUAAAUCUAUGACGGCUCUGACUGGCUAUUGGAGUGAUUCAUUUGCUCCCCAGAUAAUUCAAAAAUCGAGCAGAUAGCAGCGAGCACUCAGUUUCUCCUCUAUUAGGCAUCAUUUGUUGCCUGCACCAUCAGCACAUUUCACCCCCCUGGGCAAACCCAGGUGCUGUGGGACAGCUUUCUAAAAAGAACGCCCUGCGUGACUUUUGCUAUUACAUUGGUUUUUAGUCCUUCCAAAGAGAAAGACGGGAGGACCGCGAGGGCUGGGUGUCACUCUCAAUGACAGCAGCAGCGUAUGUGAUGGAUAUUCCUCUUCUCCCCGAAACUUCACUGAGAUGAUUCAAAAAGCCCCGCCAUCCAAAGCUCUGACUGAUGCUUUGCAGGAGGAAGUGGGGGUGGUUUGAUAUUUCAAAAAGAAACAGCCCCUCUGCUUAGCAGCGCCCUUGCCCGCUGUGCCUGGUGCAUCUUAAAGUCCUUGGUCUGAUAUUCCUUCUCUAGGGGUGCAGAUCAUUAACCCAAAUAACUCUGCGCACAUGCUGUUCUAUUUUUUGUGAUUUUUUUCAAUCUUUACGUGCUGCAGACUGCACCUGAUAACUGAUUUGAAUUUUUAAAGUAAGGAAAUUCAGCUUUGGUUUUCUGAACAUUAAUGAGCCUGUUCUGACCAAGAGCCCAUUGUUGGGGACCAGCACCCCAGAAGCUCUUCCAUGAGUCAUGGCAGCAUCCAUGGCCUUCAGUUGGGGAUCCCCAGGUUGGCUAUGGAAAGCCUCUAUCCUUAAAAUGAGCUAUUUUCUUCAAUUUUGACUAAUUUUCUAUUUGGAUCUUCUUUGGUCUUAUGUCUCUUUCAGAUUGCCCACUUUCCAAGCAUCACCCAACCUCCACAGGGCCCCCCAAGGCUGCAGGAACAAGGGAAGCCUCAGGAUGGCUGGUAACGCAAAUUAAGAUUGUAGCGCUAAUAGCAAACGAGGGAAAAAAAUAUUGAAAAUUAGAAGCAAGUGUAGUAAAGAAAUACAAACUCUGCGGGGAAGGCGUGCACAGGGGCUUUGAAAGUUUAGGUUUGAUUUGCUUAGAUCAUUUUUCACCCUCGCUGUUCACAGCUCUCUCCCUCGGAAAGAUCUUUCACCAAAGUUUCGUUUCCCUGUGAAAUAUUGGUACCCCAGCAUGAACGCUUCUCAGACAGCUCCAAACCUUGCCUGUGCUUCAGCAUUUUCUUUUUCUGUACUCGGCAUUACCACUUGUUUAGAGAAGCCCAAUUGCUAAUAUGUCAGAUGGCCACAUCAAAAAGCCUCAGAAACCUCUUGGAAACUGAAAAAGCCUCACUCGUUAAGCCUGUAUUUCAUCUCGCUGGCAGAUCUGAGUGACUGAAAUACAUGCACAUUUAGAGACUGGUGCAAAUCUCAGUAGGACUUGACAUUGUACUCCUAUGGAUGCUUCUGUUCAUGUUCAAUGGCAGGGCAGUGCUUCUAAGGCAAUGCUACCUCAUUUUUUGCUGAAAUAGCCAAUUUCCUUCACAUAGUAAGGGGAGAAAAAGAAAAAUAAAAAGCCCACACCAUUGAAAUUCACUCUCUGACUUGGAAAUCUUACUGAAAUGAUCACAAAAGCAUGACAUGUACUCAAGCAGGGGGACAGCUAAACCUUUCCGAUAACUCCUGAGCUGUUACACUUUGGGGGUGAAUAUUUCCCAAGAGGAAUUUGAUUUUUCCAGCCUGUUCCUGACAUUAGCAGGAAUGUGUCAGACUCAUUGGGGAUCAUCUCUUGCAUCACAUGCAGCUGAUUUUGAGCAGCACUUGGGCUGGAACUAUGACUUUCUGAGCAGGCGCUUUGCACCCUCGUGUUUGCAGAGGAAUCCCUGGGCACAGAGGUGCCUGCUGAAACCCAAGUGACAGACAGUUAAAGAAAAACUACCAGAAGCUGCUCUUUAGUUGUAUCAUUAAACUGUAAAGACCAGCAAUAUGUAUUUCCCUUUGGGGAAGAUGCCAUUUGUGAUAACCAAAAGAUGAGUUUGCAUUUUAUCAAAACAGGAGAAGCAAGUAUUUAACCUUCAACGCCCCCCACCCUGGUGACUAAAUUGAUGGUUUUCUGCAGAACAGAUGUGUCGGUGUACAAGAUCCUCCACCACGCUUUUCCCCUUCCAGAAAGGUGAAUCUUAGAGGUGUGUGUGUGGGAAGCACUCCUUUUUGCAUUCAUUUUUACCUUCUUCGGGUGAAAUCCUGGCUCGGCGGCAGCGCUGCCAUUGGUGAGUGACGCAGAUGAGUGUCACAUCUGCUCUGUGAAGGUGGUGGCUGAGAUAGUGUCAUUUUCUGUGACGCGCGCCUCUGCGCAGCCAGGAGCCAGCCAUGGGCCACCCAGCCAGGACAGGGUGAGCCCAGGGCCACCCGCAGCAAUGGGGUGAUGGUCCCCAAGGAGGUAGCUCCAUCUCCUGUCCAGUGGGACACACACCUGGGGACACCCAGAGCUGGGCCGUGCAUAGCAGGAAACAGCAGAAACAGCCCCAGAGGGACAGUUGUGGGUGAUGCCCAAAACCAGGAUGAUUGUGAUGCUGUCUCGAGGUUGGGGACACUCUCCCAAGCCCCUCAGCAUUAGGAAAGGAGCCCAUGAAGGGAGGUUCUAACGCUGCUGAGAGCUUCAUGCAUCAUGAGCCACUUGGGAAGAAAUGCCAGAAAACAACCUGAAUUUGGUUGCCAUGGCUUUGGAUGUGCCCUGCGUUCGGCUGAUUAAGUUUCAUUUCAUUAAGUUGAGCUGUGGCUAGCCUGUCGCUCCCUAAAAGGCAGUACUCAGUGUUUGAUUUUCAGUAUUAUUCAAGUGGUUAUGGUUAGAAACGUGACUGAGAAGAGGGCACACGAUGUACCACACCUAGCAGCCGAUAACUCCCUGCAGAGGUUCAGAGGUUUUGUGUUUUUUUCUGAGUCAUUUGAUGAGUUUACCGAGAAAAACAGUUUUUUGACUUUUGUCAGCAGCAUUGCAGAACUGGGGCUGAGCGGGCGCUGGGGCUGGUGAGCCUGCAAGUAACGGACCCCUGGUUUCUGUCAAUAAUGAACUGCACUAAUGAAGAAAGAGAAGAGCAGCCAGGUUUUAGGAGGCUGGGACAGGGCACUGGCAUCCCCGGAGCGUGUUUCCAUUGUAAAGAGCAAAGUGCGUCAGCGUAGAAGCUGAUGGAAAGGGUGACGGUGGGACAGGUGACACCCAUCUGGGUGCUGGUGAGAAUCCCCAGGUUUCCAGCGCACUGUGCCAGAUUAGCACGUGUUCAAACGAGAUUUGAAAUGGGCUCUGGAUUGGAGGGCCAGGUGAUUGCUUGGCAAUUAAAGCUCUGAUUUUUUUUAGGGCACUACUCAGAGCUGCAGUCACUCUUCCCAUUAGCACCCAGGGUGGGGCUGUCUGACAAUUUACACCAUUGCCAGUAGAAAUUAAUGCAUAAAACCCAAGCGGAAACAUUUUAUUCUGUCUGUGGAAACAGAAUUAUGUUCCUUUGGCAAGGGUUUUGGUGAGCUACAGCAUUACCAGGAGAGCUAUACAAUCCUAUAAGCGUUUUUGUUCCGGGUGGCCAAUUGUUUUUUGCAGAGGCAUAUCAGGAAGAGUUCCUGAGGUCAGAUAUUGUUGCUGGACUUUGUUAUUAAGUCUCAGUUUUUCUUUUAUUAAAAUUACUGGAGGCAUUUCUAUCAUUCACACUGUCUAGUUCUGGGGAUCUAUACACAAACCAUUAUCAGCCUCAUAUCUGAAAUGCUGGUGUACCUAAAGCUGCUGUAGAAAUAUGAGUAAUAACAAAGCCUGGCAAACCAAGAAUGGUCUGUAAAAUAUUAUCAGAUCUUCUUAUAGUAUGAAACUACAUUGAAACGCACUACUGAAACUGGUACCUUAUCACUCGGAAACACUUUACUGGAAAUCUAGUGUUAAAACGUGCCUGUGGUCAGUUCUUGACACUAUGACUCCUGCAGAUCAGAACAGCUUGAUUAUGUAUUUUUUUAGGGAUUUUUUUAGGAUGAAACCAAAGCGUUUGGAUAUUUGAAAUGCUAAAGCUGGGUCAGCACUGGGUCAGUAACUCACGGUAAAUGACGUGCACAGGGCUUGGCUCUCCAGCCCCAGCGCUGGAGCAGAGCUGGGAGCUACAGCUGAAUUUCCCCGACGUAACCGGCUGUGGAUGAGUAGGUGUCUCAUCUCCCGCCAUGCUCCUGGGCUCUCCAGGAACGUCUGAUUUAUUACUCAUUUCAACAAGCCAUUUGUCUGCAGCAGUCUGGUGCUUUCGGCUGUUGUUGAGAUGUUUCCGUUGCCAUAGCAGUGAUGCCAGCCCUGCACGGCAGCGGGGAUGCGGGUGCUCAGCAGGGUGAGGCUGAGCAUCGCUCCCGGCAGCUGCCAAGAACCCGAGUGGGCCAAGAGGCUACUCCAAGCGUUGUUUUCCAGGCUGGACCAGGGAUGUUCCCUUCAGUCCCACCAUGCUGCCAGCUGCUUUUGUGCCUUGUGGAGUCACAUCGCUGCAGAUGUGAGAUGGCAGGAGCUGUGCUGCUUGCCACAGACUUCAUAGCAAUGAUUUUUCAGACAAGCUGGUGAUACACAGGGUUUAGUUUUUAAUUCACUAGCAUGGUGGCGGCUGCUUAACAACUGUCUGUGCUGCCUUUGCUUGUAUUUUGGGUUGCAACUACUUUUAGUGUGCGCCGUCACAACGUACCUACCGUAAAAUCCCAAGGGAGGAGCCCUCCUGUGUUACUUGGGAGUUGCCUGGAUGGGUUCCUGGGGACAGGACCACCUCCCCACACACUCUCCAGCACUGCUGCACACAAAAGGCUUAAUUAUUCUUCAAGUGCCCACAGGAGUCAGCUGGUAUUUUACUAUCUGAGCUCAUCUGCCUUGUCACAGUGCUGUGUUUCAGAAAUCCCUGUUUCUCCUUUCCCUCUUUCUUCCCAGAGCAUACGAGAAACAGGUUGCUCUUUUAGUGAGGAUAUCUUCAUGUUGCUGUCACUGGCAGGUAGACGAGAGCCUCACUUAGGCUGUGUGGGGAAAGCCAAGCCUGGGUGAUUUGCUUCCAUCAAGACUUGGUCCAGCACAUGCAGAGAUCCCAGCUCAUGCCAUCCAUCUGCUCCGAAAAGUGAGGGUUUCAGACCUCCCCCAGGUCCAGCACUUUGGGUAAUCGAUUGCCACCAUUGCCCACACACUUAAAAACCAAAAAUGGGAAUCUAUCCACGUUGUCUCCCUGCCUCUGAUGUGGUUGUUCUUCUCCUUGGCCUUGCAGUGAGGGUGAAACUAUUUCCUCUGCUUUGCAAAUGGUCAGUGACAGGACAGAGAGGCCAAGGGACACUCACCCACGACCCUGCAGAGGUCUGGAAUGGAGCAACAUCCUGGACCCCAGUAAUACAAGACUUCACUCCUGUUCCUGUAUCACCCCAACAUCUUCCCUCCACCAGCCUGGCUGGCAAUUUUGAAGUGAUGACUCUUUCUUGCCUGCUGGCAUUUAGCUGAACUGCCUUGAGUGUCAGCGCAGUUACCAAAAGGAAAAGAAAAAUCCCUUCUUCUCAUCCGCAAUUUACAUAAUUAAGUAAGAACUCAGUACCUCUUUCCUUGUUUCCUCACCGAGGCUGGGUGUGCACUGGGCUGCCUGGGAAUGCUGCUGAUGCCCCUGCUCCAGCUGAAAUUUUUGCUGCAAUUGCAGGCAGCAGCCAGAAUUGGGGGAGGAAGGCAGCAAUUAGCAGCCUUGAAUUGCUGAGGAUCCCUCCAACACCUCAGCAACGGCAAACGCAACCUGCUGCAGAUUUGGACCUGCCUUUUGGCCGUUUUACUGUGUGAAGGCACAGGCAUGAGAGAGGCAGGUUUAGUAUUCGAGGUAGUUUCAGCAAUACUGUAUGCGAUACUAUGACUAGCCUGGGCAUAAAAUCUAUUUGUCUAGUCUUCCCUCGAUGAUGGAUUUACUUCAAGAUUGAGUUUUGUUACCUGCAAAACUUCAUCCGACAGCCCUGGCCCACGAGAUGUACCUGUAUUGCAAUAGGAUGCUGCUCUCCCCUGGAGCAUCAUGGCUGAUCCAGAUGUUGGCAGUGGGAUUAGAGGGGUGUCUUUCCACCUCCAUUGCCUUUAGUCCAUCUGACCUUCCCUACUGAGUACAGGUAGUCUGAGAAGUCUUUUUUUAACUGCUUGUUUUUGUUUGUAGACUGGACUUAACUAUCUCCCGAGGGGUCACAGAACAACCAAACCAGCCUCGGAGCACCAUAGUGAACCAGGCUGGGUUUUGGACCAGUACAGCCGUAUUCAUGUGCCAGCACAUCCCAGCUGGCAAACCCUGAUUCCCUGGGGACAGUUGAUCUGAAAUGUUGCUAUGAAAACAUGCCUGGCUGUGUCAGUUUUGCUCAGCAGCUAAUGCUUGUGGCAGGGUAAUUCUAGACCUUGCAGUCAAAGUCUUUGCUGGUGGGUCAAACUUCCCUGCUGCCACUGAGCUGGUGGGUUGUUAAAUGUUUGAGUGAAUUUUCUGCCUUUCUGCAGGGCGAUAUGUUUGGAUCAUGCAUGAUGAUCACCUAAGUCACCCGUGUUCCUGACAAACCAAGUGACUUCUGGCACUGCGGUGGGAGCUGUGUCACCCCCAAGCCCUGCCUGCUCGGACCUGUGUGUUUCUGGUCUCCAAACACCAGGGAUGUGCUAAAGGAGAGAAGUGUUCAUCCACCUGAGGACAAAGCCUGAGAAGUGGGUCCCCUGACGCUGGUGGGUGAAGGCUCCACGUGCCAGGACAGUGAUGGAGAAAGGUCUUGCCGGCUUUCUGAGUCAUGCUACUUUUACCAAUGCACCUUGAUCUAUGGCCAGAAUCUCUCUCAUCUUGGUAUAUUUGGACCAUGAGCAUCCCAGGGGGGGUGAUACUGCUCAACUUCUUGUGUCUCAACAUCUCUGUGAUGAGCUGGGAAUGGACCCUCUACAAGAGGGACUUGGCAGAACAACUCCAGGAUGGGGUGACCCCCCCAGCUCGGCAUUUUGGGGAUGUAACCCCCACAACGGUUCCUCUUUUUGGUCAUGUCCUUCUUCCCGAACAAAGAAAUGAUGCAGCAAUGCCAAGAUUUCCCGCCUCCGUGGGUGAGGGAAGCACGUGUGGGUGAGAGAUUUGGUCCCUUUCACUAGCUCAUUAAAUCAGUGAAUUGCAAAGGGAAAUACAUGCUGGGGAAAGCUAAAGAAAAAUCCCAAAAGUUAAUCCGAUUUAUUUCCUCCCGAUACCUGGAUAAAAAUGCGUUCUUGGGAGCUCUUCAGGUCAGACAUCAGUGAGAUAGGGGAACCCACAUCAAAGAACAAGUUCUCACAGGUGUUGAGCUGUGUUUGCAUCCCACAGCAGCAUGAAGGGAUCCCCCUUGUUCCUCUGCCUCUUCUCCACCAUGUGCUGGGUGAAUUUGAUGCCGACAGCUGGGAACAGAAUCUUCCACUUCGGACCCUGCAGAGUUUCAAUGAGCGUGGCUGAGAUUCGAUCUGGUUUCACCGCAAUUAAAGCCAAUAUCCAAGCCAGGGACCCCAUCAGGACCCUCAGCAUCUUGUCGUACCCACACUCUCUGCACAAGGUGAAGUCUUCAGACAGAUGCUGCAUUGCCCACCACCUCUCCAACUUCUACGUGGAAAAAGUCUUCAGACACUGCAAGACCGAGGAUUCAUAUGUCAACCGGAAAAUCAGCAGCAUAGCCAAUUCCUUCCUGAGCGUGAAGAGGACGCUCGCGCACUGUCAUGAGCAAAAUAAGUGCAUGUGUGGACAGGAAUCCACUGAGAAAUUUAAGCAAAUACUUGCUAACUACGAAGCGCUGGAUGUCACAUCUGCAGCAAUUAAAUCCCUGGGUGAGCUGGACAUCCUACUGGACUGGAUGGAGAAAUCUCCUUAGAGAGCAGAAGCUGUUAAUGACCCGCUAAGGAACUGCUAGGACAUUGUGAACAGCAGCGGUGAAUGGGAAAAUAAUGUGCUGUAUCAGUGCAAUUUCUCAUCUGUGUUUGAUCCAGCACUGAUUGUUUUGCUAACCAGGUACAUGGGUGAAUGCAUCAAUCUUGCAUUAAGAUGGAAAUACCGAGUUUGAUCAAACUGGUGUAACCCUCGCUUAGCUGACUUCCGCCAAAGGAUGCUCUCCAAGGGGUUAUCUAAAAGGUUUUCUAUUGUUAGCAGACAUAAGCUAUGAUCAUUUAAUAAAAGUACUGUUUAAAUUAUACACUUUUUCUAUAGGGAAUGUAUAUUCAUGGGUGCUGAGUGCCUGCUGGAACUACUCUGGUGUAGUUAACGCUGCAGAGCAGCGCUCAUAAAUUUAGGCUCAGUCUUAGAUGAGCACUGCUGCUGAUUGCUCUGGCUGAAUCGAGGGGCACAGGGUGGGAAAUGCUUCCAAGAACAGGUCCUGUCAGGUGUCUCAGGCCUUAGAAAUCUGUUUCUUUUUGAGAUUAUAUUUUCUGCCUAUCUGUAAAAGAAAAUUUUCUAUGCAAGAUACAUGGUUGCUGAAUAGAAAAAGGUUCUUGUACGUAUUGUGUAAUUUACUGACACUCAGGAGUAAGUUGUGUGGAAAUCUGUUGCAAUUACUGUAAAUAAACCCCACUUGAA